AUGUUUGAAGAAUUCGAUACUGUCAAGGAGAAGAUAGAUGUAUUUACAAACACUGUUAAUAAGAAUCUAUUAAAUAAAUUAAAUUUAACAAGAAAAACAUACACAGACUAUAAAACAAAAAUUGAAUCGUUAACACGGGAGGAAAAUGACUUAACCAAAGAAUUAUCACAAUUGAAAAUUUAUAAUGACCAAUUAAAUAAAGAAUACGCACAACUCCAAAGAAAUAAUAAAGAAAUCAAAAGUAAGAUUGAUGAAUAUGAAUCACAAUGGAAGACAUUGCAGGUACAGGAACAAUUGUUACAAAAAGACUUACAAAGAGCAGAAACUCUGUUAAGUAAAGAGAAACAAAGGCAGUUGAAAUUAAAGGAGAAAGUAAUAAAGAGGAAAGAGAUGAAAAUAAAGAAGGUUUCAAUAUAUGAAAAUUUACUUGGAUUGAAAAUUGAAAGUAAUAAAUGGAAAGAUGCAAACAGUGAUAGAAAUCAGGACCGAGGCACUCCACCUCAAGUAAUAUUUACAUUUAAUAAAUUUGAUGAAACCGACUUAAAUAGAGAAUGUAAAAUUAUUCUAGAAACAUCACUAAACGAGAAUGAGGAACCAUUUAAGAUUGUAGAUAGUAUACCAAAGUUAAGAAAUAUAGAAGAUCAUACACUGCUUCUUGAUACAUUAAAACAACCCGACGGAUUACGCAAUUUUAUUAUUCAAAGUAGAAAGUUACUGAUUGAAGCAUUGAAAAAUGAAAAAUCUGACCAACAAUCAGAAAGUGAAAUAUAG